AUGGCAAUAAAUGAAGAAAAUUUCAGUCGGUUACUCACUCAGCAAAUUUCUGAUAUUGAAGCUACUGAACAGGAAAUUAUUAUCCUGGAAAAAUAUAGAUCAGAUUAUGAGUCUGUUAGUAAUAAAAUUCAGGAGUUGCAAAAGUCUGUAUAUAAAGAUGCGUAUAUUCCAUUCAGUCGCAAAGCGCUUGUCUGUGGGCGUUUAAUUCAUACAAAUGAACUAUUAGUGUAUCUUGGUGGGACUGAUGACUAUUUUGCUGAAUUAUCUGUCUACGAAACAGUUCAGUUGCUCAGUCGUCGUAUUAAACGGUUAGAGAUAAAAUUAGAUGGAUUACGUCAACAAAAAACACUGUUAAACGAUAGAAUCAAUUACACAAAACAAUUGGUCUCACAAAAGCUAGUUUCUAUACCGAAAGAUUCCUCCAGUUGUACUCGUGACCAAGUUGUAGAAGGUAUUGAGGAUGAUAAAGAAAUUGAAAUUAGAGAAGAGUAUGAUUCUGAUGCUGAGAUUGAAUGGAGGAAAAAACAUAUAAAUAGUCGAAAACAGGAACGUAUUUCCCAUGCAUCAAGAUGUUCCCCAGUACUUACUACUCGUCGAGUGUCGUUUGAUUUAGUUGAGCAAGUGCUUGGAGAACAGUAUACUGAUUAUGAAAGUAUUUCUAAUUCCGAAUCUGAUUUUGAUGGCGAAAACUUGUCGACUAUACACUUUCAACAUUCAGACACACCUUCACCUAUUCCAAGAGAAACAGUAGUCGAUGUUUCCACUCUUACUGUUGCAGAAGCUGUCAAUUUCGCCCUCAAGAUUUGCGACACACACGGUAAAAAUAAAGUGUUCUCUGUAGAACCACUCGGUGAUAUUAGGGAACAGCAACCAAAUGUCUUAGCAAAAGCCGUCAAUUUUACCUCCGAAAUGUCCAGUACAAAUCAUCAGAACAAAAUGCUUCCAACAAAACCAUUUGGUGAUAUAAAUGAACGGCAACCAAAUGUCUCAGAUAAACCAGAUAUUCCUCCACCCAUCAUACCAAAUGAAAGAAAACGAUGUUCACUGUUCCGUUCUUCUCGUAUCAGAGAUUCCAAACCUGCAUAA